AUGGCAGCUGAGGCAGGGAUGCUCGAGCUGCCCUUCGUCCGCGAUGACCAGCUCACCCGGUGCAUGCGGCUGCGAUUCCAGAGCCUGCAGCAAAAAAACGCGAGGCCCCAGGAUGGCGAGAAGCUGCUGCAUCCCAACGAGCACGUCUACCGAGUGGAUUUCAUCCGGCAGCACAACCUGCACUUCCUCCGCUGGGACAUCCAGCUGGAGAGACCUGGAAAGGUCAUGGUGACCGGCACCUCCCAGCACUGGACUCCUGAUCUCACCCACCUUAUGAACCGGCAGCUGCUGGAGCCCGUCGGCAUUUUCUGGAAGAAGCCAGGAGCCAAGGAGGUGGAGUGCAAUGAGGCAGAUGCCCAGGAAUUUGGGGAGCGGAUAGCGGAGUUAGCCCAGAUCCGGAAGGUGAUGUAUUUCCUCCUCACUUUCACCGACGGCCUUGAACCAGCUCAGCUGAAGGGCUCCGUUGUUUUUAAAGCCUGA